GGAAGUAGAAGACUGGCUUGAUGUUGUGCAGGCUGCGGCUGGAGUCAGAAAUAUUAAGUACGGAAUAUCACUCCGGAGAAGAAGGAUAGAUCCACCAGGUUUUGAAGAGGCCUCGAGUUGUUUUCCAAACAUGACUUGAGAGAAAGUAUCAUCGUUUGUGGACACCAGGAUGAAGAUGCAGGCUCGUUCCCGCGUUGCCACAUCGACCCUCAUGGGAGACGGGCCAGGACCAACAGCACGUCCGCGCCUUAGGCGCGCUCGCACAACCCCAAUUGUAGCGCUUGCUUCGUUUCUCACCGUGCGAAGUGCUCUGGCCAAUGAGCAGCAGCAUCCGUUAGACCAUGCUGUGGAGAUGUUGGCCAAGCUUCGCGCUGAAGCCGUCAAGGACAUGCAUGAUGAAGAAGUUCUCUUUGCGACCUAUCGCCAGUAUGCUGGUGACGAGAUCCUCCGGUUGAACGUGUCAGCAAGGGAUCUGGGUCUGGCCGUCGAGGCAGGCGGAGCAGAGGCAGCCAAACUGCGAAGUGAAGCAGACACUUUAGACUUGAAGGUAAGUGCAUCACUAUCACUACUCUUUUGGUUUCACAACUGAACAACUUUUACUAACUUUCUCUAUGUAUCAGUUUCUUUUCUCUUGCUUUUCGUUUUCAUCAACCUGUUGUAAUACAUCAAUUAUCGUCGUAGAGGUCGUCUUCUACAGAUCAACGAGACCGCGACCGAUUUGCAAGCGUCCAAAGACGAGAAGCAUGAAGUGGACGAGGAGAAUAGUGUGAGGGCUUCAGCAUUUCUGCAGUCGGAAACGGACUACCGAAACGCAAUCUACAUGGUCGAGAAAGCCAUUGCACAUCUCAAGGCCAGAGAGAAAACGGAUACUGCCCAGAUCAAGAUCAAGUACGAUAGCGACGAACCGCAACCUCCUACUUCAGGAGCUUCCUCGUUGCUGCAAACCGAUGAAAUGCCUCCAGCGCGGGCUUCCCUGCUGCAAUUGGUGCUGGGAAUAACGCCAUCUUCUUCUUGGGAGGAACAACACGCUGGAACUCGAUCGUCCAGUACUGGAACAACUCCAUCUUCUACACUUGCUGUUGCUAGUACAACGGGAGUCGGAGUGACAACGCGAAUCAGCUCUUCGCUGAUGAACUUCCUGGAAGGCGUUGUUUUGGGACCGGUUGAGAGAACGAGCACAUGGUUUGCUACCGCGAGUGACGCAGUGGCUCCCAACAACGCUUCAUCAACGUCUAGUACGGACCUGCCAUCUACAAAGUCGGAACAAAAGUUGAUGUCGCUGAUGCAGGAGGCAAGCGCGAAGAACUUUACAAACACAGGUGGAGUUCUGAUCACGCUGCGGGACCUGCGAGCCAGUUUCGCCGACGAAUUGGACUCCAUUGUCAAGCAAGAAGCCGCUGACAAACUUGCUUGGCAGCAGCGGUCUCUCACUCUUGGCUUCAUUAUGACUAACAGAUCUCCAUAAUGAAUCAAUGUUCAUCAUGUUGAUGAAUCUUAUAGAUAUUUCUUAUCAAAAUCUUCUAUCCACAACGUUCAUAACUCUCGCCCUCCUCUUUACCUGCCUUCAUUUAGGCCAUAAAGGGGCUUCAAAGUUGUAUCAAGACGGACACUGCGAAUGCGGGGAGCUUCCGAGCGACAGCUGGCGACCGCGCUGCACAAGCAGUUGAGGAUGCGCAAACGAAGGGCCGCACUGAAACCGCCUUCGCAGAGCUUCAAUUACAAUUGGAGACGAAGACCUCGCAAUUUGAGGAACGUCAGAAAGUGCGCUCAAAUGAAAUCGCAGCCCUCGAAGAUGCAGAGCGUAUCUUGAGCGGUCCGCUAAGUACGAAAACGGUCUUGAUAGCAAAGACUGGUGGAACGAAGAGGAUGAAGACCAACAGCAACAACAUCAAGCUGGAUCUUCAUGGAACAAGAACUACAUCAAGGAUCAUUAGACUACCAAACACGCCAGUGCUCGCAUUCUUGCAAGUUGGAAGCUCUACAUCUUCAUCCUCUGGCACCGGAUCGUCGGCUCUCACGUCUCUUGUGCAGCAGCGGGUAGAACAACAGAUUCAACAUCUCCUCUCGUCGUCUUCUAGACCUGUGAUGUCACCUUAUGUGCGUCUCCUGGAGAAGGUGAGACAGACGCUCGCACAAGACCCACUGGCGAAAGUGAAGACCAUGAUCCGCGAAUUAGUAACCCGUCUCGAGGCCGAAGCGGCGGAAGAAGCGACUCAUCAUAGCUGGUGCCAGACGGAAUUGAACAAAACGGAAACUGAUCGAGAUACGGCCAAGGAUCAGGUAUUGAAUUUCGCACAAGGUGAAUGAAAUUAAGACGAAAACCUUUGCUCAGACGAGGCUGCAGCUUCCUUGGAUAGCUUUUUCCUAUCUUUGGUAGGUCAUCCUUUGGACGAACAUCAAGAACAUCACGACCAACUUGCGUGAGACGUUUCGGUCCGACCACCCAGGUAGAAAGUUACAGCGACUCGAUCGCUAUGCUGCAGAGCGAUAUCGAACGGCUGGAAGCGAAAGUUCCGAAGAUUCUGGCGAAGAUCAACACGACCCAAUCGGAGAUUACGGAGCAAACCAAGAUGCAGGCUGAUUCAUCGGCACUCUUGGCGACUGAAAUUGCGGAAACUACAGAAGCAGAAGGCGCUUUAGCUUCCGCUUUGCAGGUUUUGCGGCAUGUUUACCCCUCAUCCAAUGCGCCUGACACAAUGGCCAGCAUCACGGCGAGCAGCACGGCUCCGCCAAUAUCGUUCUUGGCAGUGGGAGCAGAGUCGGGAAUAAAGCAGAAGAAGAUGAACAUGUACAACAUGCAAUUACAAAGUCAAUACCAACGUCAGCAGCCAGAAGAACCUCUAGUACGCGAAGCCCCAGUGGAGAUUUUUGACGAUGCGCCCUAUGUUGGCCAGCGCGGCGGUGGCGGCGCUGUCGAAUUUUUGGAAUUCCUCCAAGCUGGUUACAAAAAACAGCAUGCAGAGCUAGUGAAAGAGCAGACGGGCGCAGCGUCCGAAUUCCAACUUCUGAUGCAGGAACUCCAAAGCGUCGUGACAGGUUUGCAAAGCGAUCUCGCUGAAAACUAUGAACUAGUAUUUACAAGUACUUGUUACAAUAUUCAUGCAGAGAGAGCUGCAAAUAAAACAACAUACCUCAAAAAGAAAAACGUGAGUGAACCCCACAUCAAUGGUUUCGUGGUUUCCACAGCUCGAUUCCUAGACCAAUUUCUAGCACGGAAAUUUAGCUGCAACAUGAUUAAAAUCCAUGUAAUCUCAAACUGCUGACAUUUUUCCUGCAGUUGCUCGACCUCACGCUCACAACUGUUCUAAGAAAUCAGCGCCACCCACAUGACCAAGCAAGGGGAGCUUUCUGGUGCCCAGAGCGGCAAGACGAGUGCAGACGCGGCUCUGAGCGCUGCGCUAGCGUACUACAACAAAUUGACGCCAAGUUGCAUCGCCGCGACCGACGUCGAUGAACGCAGCAAACAACGACAAGAAACAAUUGAAAGCCUGGAAGAGGCAGUGAAGAUCCUGGGAGACAUGUAAUUUGCCUUUCGGAUGGAGUGGAUCUCCGUGGUCAACAAGAAGAAGCAGAGCAUUAACAAAACGAAUAAGGGCGUUCUACUUGUCAUUCUCGCUUAUCAUGAAGGAAGAUCAUAUAGAGUAAAAGUAGGGUCGUGAGGAAGAGCCGAGGACACGGCAUCUGCUAGUGUUGAGUUGGUCAUGAAAAUGUUGAAGAUUGGCUAUGGCUGCUUUAUAACACAGAAUAAAUGAGAAGAGGUUGUGAAAGUGAAUUUUGAUUAACUAAUCGUGUACUAGUUCGAGUGCUCCUAAAUAAUAAUGAAUGAUCAGAUCGAGAUUGCGAUUGCCUCCUACUUGUAUAGCGAAUGUAUCGUUAGACGAGGAAGACACGUAGUUGGUUCUGAGAACUUCCAAGGAUAGACCCCCCUUUGGUAUCUUACAGCUGGGACGUAUUGUUAAUGAACACGACUCUUGUCUGCUGCCGCUGUUAGUCGACUGAACGUUUCCGCGAAUCUCCAUAAAGAAAAUGGGUUCCCAUAGAUGAUGCUUUUCUUGUUUUUUCCGAGAUGUAUCGAUGAACAGUAUGAACGAUUUACACCCAGUAGUAGAGAGAAAUAAAGAAUGGCAGAAGACCAAGACAAAGUGUUCACCGCGCUAGUAGAGAGGAAUGACAAAGUGAGUCGUCACUUUUCGACCCUACGGUGGAUUCAAAAAAUUACUUUUUAC